AUGACGACGAGAAGAAUGCCAGAGGAUCCAUCGACAGCUUGCGAAGAUUUAAAGUUCUUCGAGAAACGGUUGACAGAAGUCAUAACAUAUAUGGGACCAACAUGCACCAGAUGGAGGAUUACCAUUGUCGUUUUUGCUGUAAUCAUCGGUGUGACUGGAUCAAAGUAUUUCGCGAAUGAGAGAGUCGAUCAAUUACAAAUGACGAUAACUGAUUUGCUAUUCACCACGCAUCUAGAUUUCACCCUCUGUUUCAUUGUUGCUCUUCUUCUAUUCGGAGUUUUGGGCGUCCAUCGGCGGAUUGUGGCACCAACUAUUGUGGCUCGUCGUUGUCGUGAUGCUCUUUCUCCGUUCAGCCUGAGUUGUGAUCACAACGGGAAACUAAUUGUGAAGCCAGCAGUUCGUCCCCCAGCUCCUUAG